UAGUACCCUGCCACGGUACAGACCCGGGUUCGAUUCCCGGCUGGUGCAUAUUGUGGGGCUAUGAUGAUUAACCAUUCUGCGAUGGCAGGGUCCAUCCACCGUCUGAUUUAUUGAUGUCAGCAAGUGCCGUCUGAGCUCUAAUUUUUUAUUUUUUCUAUUUUCUUCAAAAAAAUACUAAUUUUAUUAAAAAAAUGAUAUCAUUUAUUUGAUUUCAAAAUGAAGGGAUGAGUAAUUUACUCAUCUUAAUUUUAUGCCACUCUCAUCAAUUCCCUCCAACAUUCACAUUCUCCAAAUCCCAUUAAACUUUUUGAAACAAAACUCUUUAAUCUUCACCCAAAUCAAAAUGUUCACUUCUUCAACUUCUUUAGCUUCAAUUUCUCCAACCCACUUCACUCCACCCUCCCAACAAACCCUACUUGUAACCCACCUUGAAACCUGCAAAUCCAUGGACCAUCUUAAACAAAUCCACUCCCAAACCAUCAAAACAGGCCUUUUCACAAACCCCAGCGUCCAAAAUAAACUCAUUGCCUUCUGUUGUACUCAUGAAAAUGGGAACAUGGACUAUGCUUGUCAAGUGUUUGAUAAAAUUCCCCAACCAACUGUGUUUGCCUGGAAUACUAUGAUAAAAGGGUAUUCUAGGAUUGAUUUGCAUAGAAACGGGGUUUCGAUGUACUUAGAUAUGCUUAAUAGCGAUGUUAAGCCGGAUCAUUAUACGUUCCCCUUCUUGUUGAAGGGUUUUUCACGUGAUGUUGCUUUAAAGUUUGGUAAAGAGUUGCAUUGUCAUGUGGUGAAAUUUGGGUUUGGUUCUAAUGUGUUUGUGCAAAAUGCGUUGAUUAAUGUGUAUUCUUUGUGUGGUGAGAUUGAUGUGGCGCGAGGGAUUUUUGAUAUGAGCUGUAAAGAGGAUGCGGUUACGUGGAAUGCCAUGUUUUCAGGGUAUAAUAGAAUGAAGAGGUAUGAGGAUACCAGGAAGCUUUUUGGUGAGAUGGAGUUGAAAGGAUUGUUAUCUACUUCAGUUACCUUUGUUUUGGUGCUAUCAGCUUGUGCUAAAUUGAAGGAUCUAGAUGUUGGAAAGCGGGUUCAUAGGUAUGUCAAAGAGUGUAACAUUGAACCCAAUUUGAUAUUGGAAAAUGCUUUGAUUGAUAUGUAUGCAGCUUGUGGAGAAAUGGAUGUUGCACUUGAGAUUUUUGGAAUGAUGAAAAAUAGAGAUGUAAUUUCUUGGACUGGUAUUGUUUCGGGAUUUUUGAAUAGAGGACAAGUUGAUUUAGCUCGGGAAUUUUUUGAUGAUAUGCCAAUAAAAGAUUAUGUCUCAUGGACAGCCAUGAUUGAUGGGUAUCUUCGAGUGAAUAGGUUCAAAGAGGCUUUAACUCUUUUCCGUGAGAUGCAAACCUCAAAUAUAAGGCCAGAUGAGUUCACCAUGGUCAGCAUUCUUUCAGCUUGUGCUCAUCUAGGGGCAUUAGAAUUAGGAGAAUGGAUAAAGACUUACAUUGACAAAUAUAAGGUGAAAAAUGAUACAUUUGUGGGGAAUGCUUUGAUUGACAUGUACUGUAAAUGUGGAAAUGUCGAGAAAGCACGAAGCAUAUUUAGAGAGAUCCUUCGAAAGGACAAAUUUACAUGGACGGCCAUGAUUGUUGGUCUUGCCAUUAAUGGACAUGGUCAAGAAGCUCUUGAUAUGUUCUCUGAAAUGCUUAGAGCUUCAAUAACACCAGAUGAAGUAACUUAUGUUGGUGUCCUUUGUGCCUGUACUCACACUGGCAUGGUAGAUGAAGGAAGAAAGUAUUUCUCUGGCAUGACCAGCGAACACAGUAUUGAGCCUAAUGUAACGCAUUAUGGAUGCAUGGUUGAUCUUCUUGGCCGAGCUGGGCGUCUAAAAGAAGCUCUGGAAGUUAUUAAGAAUAUGCCAAUGAAACCAAAUUCAAUUGUCUGGGGAGCUCUUCUUGGUGCAUGUAGAGUUCACAAAGAUGCAGAAAUGGCUGAAAUGGCAGCGAAGCAGAUUCUUGAGUUAGAUCCUGAUAAUGGAGCUGUUUAUGUUCUGCUCUGUAAUAUAUACGCUGCUUGCAAUAGAUUAGAUAAUCUGCGUGAAGUUAGACAAUUGAUGCUUGAUAGAGGAAUCAAGAAAACCCCUGGCUGCAGUUUGAUAGAGAUGAAUGGUGUUGUCCAUGAAUUUGUUGCCGGGGACCAGUCACAUCCUGAAACGAGAGAAAUCUACUUGAAGUUGGAAAAAAUGACAAGUGACUUGAAAUUUGUUGGGUAUUUGCCUGAUACUUCGGAGGUGUUUCUUGAUAUAGGGGAAGAAGAAAAAGAGAGUGCAGUUUAUCGGCAUAGUGAGAAGUUGGCUAUGGCAUUUGGGCUGAUCAAUUCAGAACCUGGGGCCACGAUUAGAAUUGUGAAGAACCUCAGAAUGUGCAUGGACUGUCACCGUGUGGCGAAAUUGGUCUCGAAAGUGUAUGAUAGAGAAGUGAUUGUCCGGGAUAAAACUCGAUUCCAUCAUUUCAGGGAUGGAUCAUGUUCAUGUAAAGAUUAUUGGUGAGUUGAAUUAGGGUUUGAUUCUCAUUAUUUGAUAAUUAAUUGUUAUUACUUCUUUCCUCCUAAGAUCCUUUGAUGCCAGAAGUACAUAAUCAUGGUUUUGCAUGUGUUAGUAGAAUAUCUUCAAACUUUCAUAACUUGCUGGAUUUAUACUUUAUACUACAGAAUUCAUGUGAAAUUCAAAUUUGAAAAUGGCAACGGCAGCAUUUUGUUCAAUAUUUU